AUGCAUGUCUGUGAAUUGCUUGGUGGCCGCACGGAUGUAGGACUCCCUGUGAUAUCGUCAAUAUAUAUGGACAAACCGGAGGAUAUGCAAAGGCGCGUCGCAGAGCACAGGGCACGAGGAUAUAUCGGCCACUCUAUCAAGGUUGGGGGAGAUCCCGGCGAAGACGCACGGCGGAUCACUGCUUCACUUGCCGACAAGCAGCCUGGCGAGUUCUUCCUUGUGGAUGCCAACGGUGGUAUGACUGUUGGGAGUGCUUUGCGCAUGCUGAGGCUUCUGCCCGAUGGCCUGGACUUUGUACUAGAAGCACCCUAUGCCACAUGGCGAGAGAUUGUUUUUCUCCGCCUGAGAACCAACGUUCAUAUUCACUUCGACGAACUGGCCUGA